GCUUCUGCUGCUGGAACUUGCUGCAGCACUCAGGAAGCCUCGGCACACUCUCUCUCACUAUUUUAAGGGACGCUUCAAGCUGUGGAAUGGCUCCUUGAAAACCGACCCAACCCCCUCAACCCCCCAAUUAACACCCCAAAGCAGCUGAACCCCCUAAAAGAAAAAAAAACUCAGCAUCACAUCUUGGUUCUAGAGCAUGACAGGAGUGUAUGAAAGGAGACUUCCCACCAUCAGAGGCAACGACUACUCUUCUUCUCCUUCUUUCCAAGCUGCCAGCAUCAUGCACCACCCUUCCCAGGAUUCACCUACCUUACCUGAGUCCUCUGCCACCGACUCCGGCUACUACAGCCCAGGAGGGGCCACCAGCCACCCACACCAUGGCUACUGCUCGCCCACCUCUGCCAGCUAUGGGAAGGCUCUCAAUGCCUACCAGUACCAGUACCAUGGCAUGAACGGAUCUGCCGCUGCCACUUACCCUGCCAAGAGCUACGCCGACUAUAGCUAUGGGAGCCCCUACCACCCUCACCACCAGUAUGGAGGGGCGUACAACAGGGUGCAACCACCCACCAGCCAGCCAGAGAAAGAAGUGGCUGAGCCAGAGGUGAGGAUGGUCAAUGGAAAACCAAAGAAAAUCAGAAAACCCCGGACGAUAUACUCUAGUUUCCAGCUGGCAGCUCUGCAGAGGAGAUUUCAGAAGACUCAAUACUUAGCGCUGCCGGAGAGAGCUGAGCUGGCGGCCUCCCUAGGACUGACACAGACACAGGUGAAAAUCUGGUUUCAGAACAAAAGAUCCAAAAUUAAGAAGAUCAUGAAGAAUGGAGAGCUUCCUCCAGAGCAUAGCCCAAGUUCCAGUGAUCCCAUGGCUUGCAAUUCUCCGCAGUCACCUGUGGUUUGGGAACCUCAAGGGUCUUCAAGAUCUCUCAGUCAUCACCCACAUGUGCAUUCCCAUCCUCAGACCUCCAACAACUCCCCUGCAUCCACUUACUUGGAAAACCCCAGUGUCUGGUACCCAACAAGCAACUCCCUCAACUCCCACUUACAAAACCACAGUUCCAUACAACAUCCAUUAGCAUUGGCUUCUGGGACAUUGUACUAAAGGGAGAGAGGAAAAAAAAAAACACAAACUCUUUGUUUUUUAAAUAUUUUGGACUCUUAUAUUUCAUUGUUAAAGGGAACGUACAAAAGAAAGCAUAAGAUGGAUUUUUUUUUAAAGAAAAAACAAAAUAUAUUGUGUAAAGCUUGUUGCAUGUAACUUAUUGCAUUUCAAGGGAACUUUUUUUUUUUUCUUUUUUCAACAGAUUGACGCAAACUUUUUGGACACUAUUCUCAAUGGUGCCUUGAAUCUAAUGACCUCAUUUUUUUCAGAGACUGACUUUUUUUUCAAUGUUUUAUUGUAUCCAUGUAAAUAAAUGUAGAUAGAUGAAUUAAGCUGUAUAUUCUGGAUAAAUAAAAUUAUUUCGACCAUGGCAAA